AUGGAUAUUAUCAGAGCGCCUGGAAAUAUUAAUAUUAAUGGUAAUGACAGCGGCGGCAGCAACAGUCUGGAGCCGUUGUUACGCAGCCCCCAAGGGGCAAAAUCAAAGGACAAUAAUGGUGGGAGCGCCCUCCGGCAGCAUAACUUUCCCGACGAUCGUCAACCACAGAGUGGAAGGAACGGCCUAAAGGGUACGCCCUGUUCAACAGCACCGGUUGCGUCUGCUGUGACAACGCCGCAACGACAAAUACCAUCCCAGUGCCCGUCCACCGAUUCGGGCAACAGUUCCUGUGUGAGCAGCGGUAGCAACGGUGUUGGUAGCGGCGGUAGCAGCAGCGCUGGUGGUGGAGGUAGUUGUAGUAGUGCUAGUGCUUCCGGUGUAGUGGAUGAUCCAGAAACUCUAAACCGGCACCGACCCUCACGAUCGUCGUCCGCAUCAUCGCUCAAGAAUCGAAAUAUUUACGUGAACAGAACCUAUGAUGAUGAGACGGUAGAGGGCGGUGCCGUGCGUGCGGGUACCGAUACCGGUUCGGCAAUUUCGAUUUCAAUCGAUGAAGGAAUUGACGUGAAUGUGUGUGUUGAUGCGGCUGGUAACACGAGCGAGGGUGGUCCCGCCGGAAUCGACGGCAAUCCGGAAGAGGAAGAAAUAAAACCAUUGCUCGAGGUGACGCAUGAACGACGGAAGACGAAAAGUAUCGUGAAGAGCCCGUCGAGUCAAAGCAUCGGUGAGAAACCGGUACGUCAGCUUAGUUUGCAGUUUUCCCAACCGGAGUCGGUCAUUGUGGCCGAACGGCCGGUCCACCAUGUGCAGUUCAGUAAUGGAAGCAGAUACGCCAAUGUUACCGGAGGAGAUGUUGGAGAACGGCAGGUACUUGGCGGUGGAACGUACGGCACCCAGCAGGGUCUCGGUACGAGCACGAUGGAACCGCACUGUUCGAGUCCGGUUGGAAGUAUCCUGUCGAAUGGUUCCGCAACCUCAACUUCCUCAUCCGGUUCGUCAUCGUCGUCGUCGUCGUCGAAUGAGAACAGCUCGCUGGGUGCGUACGCCGAAGCCCGCCCACCGGAUGGUGGUUGGGGCUGGGUUGUCUGUUUUGCCUCCUUCAUGGUGAACCUGAUCGCAGACGGUGUAACGUUCAGCUUUGGCGUAAUGUACAUUGAGCUGCUGUCCUAUUUUGGCGAAGGCAAGGGAAAGACAGCUUGGGUUGGAUCGUUGUUUAUGGCGAUGCCAUUACUGUGCGGCCCUGUUGCUUCGUUCCUAACGGAUCGCUACGGUUGCCGGAAAGUGACGAUCAUCGGUUCGAUAAUGGCUUCGAUUGGAUUUGCGCUGUCCGCGUACGCUACCUCGAUCGAGAUGCUUUACCUAACAUUCGGUAUACUGUCUGGGUUUGGGCUAAGCCUGUGUUACGUCGCUGCGGUUGUUAUCGUUGCGUAUUACUUCGACAAAAAGCGCUCCUUCGCUACGGGUCUGUCGGUGUGUGGCAGUGGCAUCGGAACGUUUGUGUUUGCCUCGUUAACGCAGGUCCUGCUGGACGAAUACGGGUGGCGCGGUACGACCCUUAUACUUGCCGGUGUCUUCCUCAACAUGUGCCUGUGCGGGUUGCUGAUGCGCGACCUAGAAUGGACGACGCACAAGUCGAAGCAGAAGCGCCGCAAACAGCAACAGCAGCAAGCCGAUUCGGUGAGCAACAGCACGAAUACUGCUGGUGGUAAUACGAGCGUUCUGAUGGGCAACGGUGGCAUCAUCGAUGGGGUGCCGAUCGGUGGUGGUAACGGUGGACUGGUAGACGCUACAAACGACCAUAUCUACGAUCUGGAUGAUCCGCGACUUUUCAGCUCGCUGAUAACACUUCCGACGUUCCUGCAGAAUGGUAGUGGGCAGGAGAAGAUUACCCUGGAGGUGUUGGCUAUGUUGAGCAAGCAGCACAACAUCCACGAUCACCAUGUACUGCAAAGUCUACCGGCGGCACGCAUGAGCAGUUCGCGCAGCUUCAGCCAACCGCUGUCUCCGCAGAGUGGAGACAACCUGGCAGAUCUCAAGGAGCAGGAACAGGAACAGGAUACCGAAAAGAAAACGGGAGCGCAAAGAGUAGCAGUAUCGACGGACGAAAAGAACGACGCUAAUGGGCAGGAAGCGAAGGAAAGCAAGCAGGAAGAAUUGGCAAACGGUGCAAUCACGGUGCAGCCGUCGCGUCACCGAGCAGCCGGCGGUCAGCGGUCCGGUGCAAGGGGACGGAAUGGGGCUGCCACCGAUGCCGUCGGUACUACGUACGAACAGGGCACCGCUUUGCCGCCCGUGUUCCUGCGGCGGGUGCACAGCCACAGCACACGCGGUACGGCCCCGCCGUCCGCGGGGCCACCCGCCGCGACCGCUUCCUACCUGAAGGAUCUGCGGAUGCACCGCCAUUCGCUAACGUACCGCGGUGCUAUGCUGAACAUUCAGCGCUACCGGCUGCGGGCCUCCUCCUGCCCGGACAUCUACCGCAACUCGAUGACGACGAUCGCAAAGGAGAAGUCCGCCUGGUACCAGGGCGUGGAGGAGUUCCGAACACUGCUGGUCAGUAUUCUGGACUUCUCCUACUUCUCGGACGUGCACUACCUGCUGUUUGCCAUCUCGAACUUUCUGCUCUACACAUUCUACGACGUGCCGUACGUUUACCUCGGUGACAAUGCGUCACAGAUUGGGUUUUCCCAUGCCCAGUCUUCAAUGCUGAUCGCGAUCAUCGGCAUACUGAAUAUGGUUGGCGAGGUUGUGCUCGGAUGGAUGGGUGAUCGGAAAUCGGUGAACGCCAACUACACGUAUGCCAUUUGUAUGGCACUGUGCGGACUAGUGACUGCGCUUGUUCCACUGUUCAAAGAUUACACGAGUUUAUCCGUAUUGGCUGGUGGAUUUGGACUGUUUAUAGCAGCAAACUAUUCGUUGACCAGUAUUAUUCUGGUGGAACUGAUCACGCUGGAGCGUUUCACCAAUGCGUACGGUUUGCUGCUUCUGGUGCAAGGUGUAGCGAAUCUUGUUGGUCCCCCAUUAGCAGGCUGGAUCUCUGAUCUGACGGAGUCGUACGAUUUGGCGUUCUAUUUGGCCGGCUUUUUCAUAGUCAUUUCCGGUGCAUUGUUGCUAGUAUUGCCCACCAUAACGAAGGUACGCAAAAUAUUGGAGAAACGACGUCGCAGUUCCGCUCUUGCCAGUGGUGAUACCAUCAAACUCAACAAAAAGAGCUCUUCCGCCAGUUAUCCGCCAGCACAUCAGCACAACAAUAAUGUCGCAAAUAAGCCGGUAGUGUUAGAUCUGAAAACUACGUACGUCAGCAAUGGAAAACGCAUCGUCACCGGUGUUGACGCCAAGAAUGUUUCCACACCGAAUGGGGUAAGCACGGGCCUCAACGGCUACAAGCUGCCAAUGGAAGAGGGUGCCACUGUUUAG